AUUCGGGAGGCUCUCAGAUCUCGCGCGAGACACUGAAAACAGAGAGAGAGAGAGAGCGUCCAGGCUUUGCUCUUCCCCGGACCCCCGAACUCACCCCCUACCUGAGGGAGGGUGCCGCCUUCGCAGAAUAGCGGGAUCUUGACGCAUAGAUCUCCGCAGAUCGCAGCUCGGCGACGCCCCCGAUGGCGCAGCCUUUUGUGAAGAAGGACGACGACAGAGACGAUGAAGCGGAUUACUCCCCCUUUCUUGGGAUCGAGAAGGGAGCCGUUCUUCAAGAGGCUAGGGUUUUCAACGAUCCUCAACUCGAUUCCAGAAGAUGCUCUCAGGUGAUCACCAAGCUCCUUUACUUGCUUAACCAAGGAGAGACAUUCACAAAGAUCGAAGCGACGGAAGUGUUUUUUGCCGUCACAAAGCUUUUUCAGUCCAAGGAUGCUGCACUGAGGAGAAUGGUCUAUCUGAUGAUCAAAGAGCUUUCUCCAUCCGCAGAUGAGGUGAUUAUAGUUACUAGUUCUUUGAUGAAAGAUAUGAACAGUAAGACAGACAUGUACCGGGCAAAUGCCAUACGAGUUUUAUGUAGAAUUACUGAUGGAACCCUGCUCGGCCAAAUUGAGAGAUACUUGAAGCAGGCAAUUGUUGAUAAAAAUCCCGUUGUUGCCAGUGCGGCUCUUGUUAGUGGCGUUCAUCUGCUUCAAACAAAUCCAGAUAUUGUGAAGAGGUGGAGCAAUGAGGUACAAGAAGCAGUUCAAUCAAGGGCUGCCCUUGUACAAUUCCAUGCAUUGGCUUUGCUUCAUCAGAUUCGGCAAAAUGACCGCUUAGCUGUUAGUAAACUUGUCACUAGCCUUACAAGAGGGACAGUCCGCUCACCCUUGGCACAAUGCCUUCUGAUCCGUUACACUGCCCAGGUCAUACGUGAAUCAAACACACAAACUGGAGACCGUCCAUUCUAUGAUUACCUUGAAGGCUGUUUGCGUCACAAAGCUGAAAUGGUGAUAUUUGAAGCUGCCCGAGCAAUAACUGAGCUCAGUGGUGUGACAAGCCGAGAGCUAACUCCAGCUAUUACAGUAUUGCAGCUGUUCUUGAGUUCUUCGAAGCCAGUUCUAAGAUUUGCUGCUGUUCGUACGUUAAAUAAGGUUGCAAUGACACACCCUUUGGCAGUUACAAAUUGCAAUAUCGACAUGGAAAGCUUGAUAUCAGAUCAGAACAGGAGCAUUGCCACUCUAGCAAUCACCACCCUUUUGAAAACUGGCAAUGAGUCAAGUGUAGAUCGACUAAUGAAGCAAAUUACCAAUUUUAUGUCUGAUAUUGCAGAUGAGUUCAAGAUCGUUGUGGUUGAAGCUAUUCGAUCUUUGUGUCUUAAGUUUCCGCUCAAAUAUCGUACAUUGAUGAACUUCUUGAGCAAUAUUCUCAGAGAAGAAGGAGGUUUUGAGUACAAGAAGGCUAUUGUUGAUUCAAUCCUUAUCCUUAUUAGAGACAUACCUGAUGCCAAAGAAAGUGGUUUGUCUCACCUCUGUGAAUUCAUUGAGGACUGUGAAUUUACCUAUCUUUCAACUCAGAUUCUUCAUUUCUUGGGGAAUGAAGGGCCAAAGACGUCAGACCCUAGUAAAUAUAUUCGAUAUAUAUAUAACCGGGUUAUCCUUGAAAAUGCUACUGUGAGAGCAAGUGCUGUAAGUACCUUGGCAAAGUUUGGUGCGAUGGUUGAAUCUUUGAAGCCUCGGGUCUUUGUUCUGUUGAGGCGGUGCUUGUAUGAUAAUGAUGAUGAGGUCCGAGACCGUGCAACUCUUUAUUUGAACUGCCUUGGAGGUGAUGGCUCAUAUGGAGAAACUGAUAAGGAUGCUAAAGAAUUUCUCUUUGGUUCGCUGGACUUGCCACUCUCGAACUUGGAGAUGAGCCUGCAAAAUUAUGUUCCAUCUGAAGAACCUUUUGAUAUCACUUCAGUUCCAAAAGAAGUCAAAUCUCAACCUCUUGCUGAAAAAAAGGCUCCUGGCAAAAAGCCCGCCGGCAUUACUGCUGCUCCGGCACCAACAUCCACUGUUGACACCUACGAGAAAUUGCUUUCCUCCAUUCAUGAGUUUUCAAGCUUUGGGAAGCUUUUCAAGUCUUCAGCUCCUGUCGAGCUAACAGAGGCAGAAACCGAGUAUGCAGUCAAUGUUGUCAAACAUAUCUACGAUAGUCAUGUUGUACUCCAAUACAACUGUACAAACACGGUACCUGAAUUACUGUUGGAAAACGUUACUGUCUUCGUCGAUGCUUCUGAAGCUGAAGAAUUUGCACAAGUUGCAUUCAAACCUUUAAAUUCUUUGCCCUAUGACUCGCCAGGGCAGACAUUUGUUGCCUUUGAAAAGCCUGAAGGCCAACCUACUGUUGGGAAGUUCUCUAACAUGUUGAAGUUUAUCUAUAGAGAGGUUGAUCCUGCUUCAGGGGAACCUGGGGAAGAAGGUAUCGAAGAUGAGUAUCAGUUGGAAGAUCUAGAGGUUGUUCCUGCAGAUUACAUAUUAAAGGUUGGAGUUUCCAACUUCAGAAAUGCAUGGGAAGGCAUGGGUCCUGAUUUUGAGCGUGUGGACGAGUAUGGACUUGGUGUGAGAGAAAGCCUGGCGGAGGCUGUGAAUGCUGUUAUUAAUAUUCUUGGCAUGCAACCUUGUGAGGGUACGGAGGUUGUCCCUGGUAAUUCAAGGUCCCAUACGUGUCUACUUUCUGGUUUGUUCAUUGGCAAUGUGAAAGUCUUGGUCAGGUUAUCAUUUGGCAUGGACGGCCCAAAGCAAAUCGCCAUGAAGCUUGCAGUAAGGUCUGAAAGUCAAGAGGUUAGCGAUGCCAUUCAUGAGAUUGUGGCGAAUGGCUAAAUAUUUGCAAACUGAGCUCAACUUCAAAGUCUUUGUUCAAAUUUGUAGUCGCUGUGUAGAGGUGAGUCGAAGCUUCAAUUUUAGGACUUCUUUUUGACGAUUUAUUUCAACAAAAUCAAGCCCCUUCCUUCAAUUGUUUUGGAUCGGAUUUCCUGUUUGGUCUUUGAGGACCAGAGGUUUAGAUUUCACUUUCCCGCGUCCUCUCCUAUAAACAGGUCAUAGCAUUUUUUCUUUCUGUACUACAUAUACUUUUGCGUCUCUUUUGAAUUGCACAUGCAAUCAUAAUGUGGCACAAUAUAAUUAGAAAAACAAAGCAAUAUUUGUUGUCUUCUCA